UAUGUGCCUUUUCUUUUAUUUUUUAUUAAACUUAGGUUUUGGCAUAAAAACAUUUCUUUUCUUUUUUUUCUUCACAGUAAUGGAAGAUAAUCAAGGUCAAGACCCCAAUCGUCCGGGCAACCAUGGCACUGAGAGAAGUGAACCAGUGAGGUCAAGAUGGACUCCAAAACCUGAGCAAAUCUUGAUACUUGAGUCCAUCUUUAAUAGUGGAAUGGUAAACCCUCCAAAAGAUGAAACUGUGAGAAUAAGGAAACUUCUUGAGAAGUUUGGUUCUGUUGGCGAUGCCAAUGUUUUCUACUGGUUCCAAAACCGAAGGUCAAGAUCUCGCCGCCGGCAACGCCAAAUGCAAGCUACCCUUGCUGAAGAGCAAAGAAAUCAACAAGCUCAAGCUAGUGGCGGUGCAAUUCAAUAUGAAGGUGUUUCUGGUGGUGGUGGCAGCACGUCUUCCCUGCUGGGGUUUGCAAAUUCUCCUUCUUUUGCCGUAUCUCCUUCAUAUCUUGUGGGUUCUUCUUCUUCCUCUGGAGUUGUUGGUCAUGAGGUUGGUGUAGUUGAGAGUCUGUUUUCAAUCCCUAAUCAAAUGGGUUUUCAAGAAGUCGAGCAGGGCUCUGGUAUAUCUUCAAUUUUAUGCCCAUCAGAGACUUCAAAUUUGCAAUACCAAACUGGGUUCAUCACAGUUUUUAUCAAUGGGGUGGCAACAGAAGUUCCAAGAGGGCCACUGGACAUGAAAGCAAUGUUUGGUCAAGAUGCAGUGUUGGUCCAUUCCUCCGGAGUUCCUGUACCUUGUAAUGAAUCUGGGUUUCUAAUGCAAAGCUUGCAGCAUGGUGAAAGCUACUUCAUGGUUUCAAGACCAACAUAAAUUGGUACUAAAGCUGCAUCAAGAAAUGGGAGCUUCCUCUUCGUUGGUUUGCAGAAUAUGCUAGGGCCAGUAUUUUACUAUGAAAUUAUAUAUGGAACACCCCCCCACAACCCCUCU